GGAAGACACUCAAGUGUACCAUCAGCUCUCUCCAGCAUAUUUUCCGAGCUCCACAAACAAGCUGUGUUACGGUCAGAAAUUUGGCAUUAAACCGCCCAACCGAACUUUAUUAGAUCAUUUAAAACAAACCUGAACUCUACACAGGUUUAUGUGACAACAACAGUUAGUGAGAAGCUAGCUUUGCGGGCUUCGUUUGUUAGCCACCGGCCUUUUUUCUUCCUUUCGUCACUUCCUACAUUUGAAACUCGCAGCGGAAGAAAAAGAAGAAAAUGGAGUUACAAGUUCCUCUCUUCCAGUGGGCUCUGAGCCGAUGACGCUGGGUUCUCCCACCUCUCCCAAGCUGACCUCCGGAGCUCAGUUUCUUCCUGGUUUCCUCAUGGGUGACCUGCCUGCACCGGCCAGCCCACAGCCCCGCCCUUUCAGCCUGAACUCUCCCAUCGCAGAUAGCAUGAGCGCAAGUCGAGGAGGCGGUGGUGGAGGAGGUUCAGCCCCGCAGCCCGUUGUCCCCACGCCAAAAGAUAAGAGCGGAGCACCGCCUGUACGCAGUAUCUACGAUGACCUGGUCACAACAGGGACACCCCUCAGUGCACACAAGCAGUCCUUCCCAGUUAUGCAGUCUCCCUUCUCUGGACGUCAGGCUUCCACUCCAGGAACAGGCAUACAGCAUGGGUGCUUUUCUCCAGCUCAGGUGGACCCUUUCUACAGCCAGGGGGAUUCUCUGUCAUCUGAUGACCAGUUGGACCAGACCUGGGUCACAGUCUUUGGUUUUCCGCCAGCCUCAGCGUCCUACAUUCUGCUGCAGUUCACUCAGUAUGGAAACAUCCUCAAACACACGAUGGCGUCUCCUGGUAACUGGAUGCACCUUCAGUACCAGUCCAGACUACAGGCCAGGAAAGCCCUGUCUAAAGACGGGAAGGUGUUUGGAGACUCAAUUAUGGUUGGAGUCAAACAAUGCAUAGACAAGAGUGUAAUGGGGACCAGCGACGCCGUCUCUCCACCCCUCUCGGUCUCCUCUUCUGCUCUCCCCUCCACCCCUCGCUCUGCCAUCCGGCCGCUCAGCGCCUCCUACAGGGGCUCCAGCAGUGACUACCAGGUGGUAGCAGACAGACAAACGCCCAGGAAGGAUGACAGCUUUGUUUCUAAAGCAAUGGAGUACAUGUUUGGCUGGUGAUGAGAGAGGAAGAUAGACAGAUGGAUAAAAGGAUUCACUGCAGCAUGUUUGGAUGUGUGUGUAAGUGUGUGUGUGUGUAAGGGUUUGAGAAUCUCUCUGUCUGCUUUUUUAUCUUGAAUUUUUAAUGUCUUUGUCUCAAUAAAGUGUCUUUUAUUUUAA